AUGAAAUUCGUUUUAUUGUUAUUGUAUACGAUUUCUUUUUAAGGUAUACUUAGUGAAACAGUUGAUGAGAAGAACAAAUGCGAAUGUAGCAAGAUAUAAACAAUUGAAGAGUGUAAUAUAAAUUGUGAAUGGAAUUAAGUAGCAGGAGAAUGUUAAAAGCAAACUCUUCCGUUAAUAAGAACAAGUUAUUGUUCAUAUUAGAAGGAUAAAUGUAAUAAAACUAUUGGUUGUGCUAAUUAUAAUGGUAUUUGUGUUCCCUUUACUGGAUGCACAGCAAUCAAAUAAAAUACAAAUUAAGAAUGUUAACAAUAUUCAGAAAUUUGUAUAACAGAUGGUUCAAAAUGUGUAGAAAAAACUGUUUGUGCAAAUUAUAAGACCAGAUUCUCAUGUCGCAAUAAUUAUAUUAAUUAUGAAUGGCAAGGAUUUUGUUUUUGGGACAAAAAGGAAUGUAGAAAUGCAUAAGCUUGUAAUGAGUUAUCAUUUAGUUUAAAAAACGAUGCAGAAUGUAGAAAAUAAUUAAGUUGGUGUACAUUCAAAUUAGGAGGAGGUUGUGAAGAUUCAGGAGAAUUAUGCAAAGAUUAAAAAAUUUAACAAUAAUGUAUAACUAAUAAGAAGGGUGAUGUAAAGUGUCAUUGGGAUGGUUAAGCUUGUAAUGAUUACACAUGUGGAAAUAUAACAAAAGAUUGUAUAAAGAAUGGAUGUUCUAUAGGCAAGGAUUCAAAAUGUAUUGAUAGAUUAGAAUGUGAUAAAUACACCACUUAGUAAUCGUGUACUUAUAAUAAAUAAAAUAUUUAAUGUAUGUGGGAAAAUAAUACUUGUAAAAUUAAAUCAUGUGAAAAUGCUAGUCCAACAAGAUAAACUAAUUAAUAAUGUUAAGAGAUAAAUUCAAAUUGUAUUACAUAAUUUGGAGGGGGAUGUAGGAAUAAUGGAGAAUGUGAUUAAGCAAAUAACAAAGCAGGAUGUUCAUAAAAUAUUAGAGGUGAAACUUGUUAUUGGAAUGGAUAUUAAUGUGUAUUAAAAUAAUGUUAAUGGGCACCUGCUAGCUUUAAGAGUGUUACAUUAUGUAAAAAUUUCUAAUCUAAUUGUGUUUAUAAUGGUAGUAUAUGUAUUGAAGAUGGAUGUUAUGCAUAAUUAACUCAAUCAACAUGUUCAGCUACUGGAUAAUGUUAAUGGUAAGGUAAAUGCGACAUAAAAACUUGUGAAACUGCUGGUAGAGAUACCAAAUAUACUUCUCAUGAAGAAUGUUAGAAUUAUUUGUCUACUUGCACUUUGAAUGAUUAGGGAAUUGGAUGCAUGAUGAUCAAAUAUACAUGUAAUCAAUAUAUUAAAUAGAUUCAAUGUUAUUAAUCUAUUUAAAGUAAAUGUUCUUGGUAGAAUAAUUAGUGUUUAGAAAGUAAGUGUGAAUAUUUAAAUUAUAAUACACAUUACUAAUGUAAUAAUUAUCUAAAUAACUGUACUACUGAUGGAACCAAAUGUAUAUAACUUUAAUCAUUAUGCAAUUCAUACAAAUCAGAAAAGUCAUGUAAUUUUAAUUUAAAAAAAUAACCUUGUAUUUGGUAGGAUAAUUAAUGUAUAGAAGUUGCAUGUGCUCUUAUUCCAAAAAUUGAAAAUUAUAAUACUCAUUAAAAGUGUAAUUCAUAUUAAUCAUAAUGUACUGUAUUAAAAUAAAUUACUGGAUGUAUUGUGAUGCCAGUUGAAUGUAAAUUAUUAAAUUAAAAUUAAUGUUUUGCAAAUAAAUGUAUUUAUACAGAUGGAAUAUGUCGUGAAAAAUAAUGUUCAGAUUACAAAGGGGAUAUUACUGAAUCUAAUUGUGAAGCCUUUAUUGAAGGUAAAAAGUGUAUGAGAGGUCCAUUUUUGAUUCCUAAUAGUUGUGUUGAUAGAGUAGAGGAGUGUUAGAAUAUUACAAAUGAAUAUUAAUGCAAUGGUGGAAAAGAUAAAAAUAAUAAUAAAUGUAGAUGGUUGUUUUCAUAUUGCAUAAAAUGGGAUUAAAAUUUAAUUAAAAAAGUAGCUGGAACAUGUACAAAUCCAUUAAUACUCUUUGAUGAAAACUUUUGCAUUCUUAAUAAGACAUGUAGUGAUAUAGGUAUAUCAACAGUUGAGUAUACAGAUGAAAUAUGUGAAAAUUAUCUUAUGUCUUGCAAGAAGAACACAGCUAGCACUUGUGUAACUAAAACAGCACUUAUUACAGAUGGAUGUGUUUAUUAUGUUAGUAAAAUAAAUUGUGUUACAUAAAGUAAUUGUUAUUGGUCAAUUACUAAUACUUGUAAUUAAUUAAAAAAUGAAUGUAAUUAGUUGUUAGAUAAAGAUGAUUGUGAAGGUAAUAAGGAUUUAUCAGGAACAUUUUGUAAAUGGAAUACUGAUACUUCUGCUUGUUAAAAUAUUUGUUAAACUCUUGAUCCAGUUGGUUAAAAAUGUUCAACUUUGGAUUCAAAAUGUGUACUUAAUAAUACCAUAACUGAUAAGUGUAUAAAAAAGAGAUUAAAUUGUUCUGAUUAUGUUAAUUCAUAAUAAUGUGAAGAUGAUGAUAGAUGUAUAUAGAAUUCAGCUGAUUAAUGUGUAGAAAAAUAAUGUACUGAUUUGACAGAUAAUUUAACACAUUAAGAAUGUAAUUCUUAUAAAUCAGGAUGUACUGUAGCUUAUCCUGGAGGUUGUUCAACAUUAUUACCUAAUUGUUCAGAUUAUAAAAUUUAAGGAUAAUGUUAUCUGAAUGAUAAAUUUAAAAUAUGUUAUUGGUUUGAAUCUAAAGGAUGUUAUGAAAAAAAAUGUUCAGAAAUUACUUAUGAUCCAUUAAAACCAAAAACUUAAUGUUUAACAUUUUUUAGUGAUUUAAUUUGUAAUAUUAAUGAUUUAGGGGAUGCAUGUGAAGACUUAAGAGAUUCUUGUAAUAAAUAUAAAAAUGAAAACUAAUGUUAAAAAUAGUUGGAUGGUUAUGAGUGUAUGUGGUAAGAUGAUAAAUGUAUCUUAGCAGAUUGUUAAAAAAUAAUACUUAGUAAUUAUUCACAUACUGAUUGUUAUUCAUAAUAUAGUUAAUUAAAAUGUACAGUAAAUGGAACAAAUAAUGGAUGUAUUGAUUUAUCUACAAAUUGUAAAAAAUAUACUACUUAAGAUUAAUGUAAAAAAACAAUAUUUAAUGAAGAUUGUGUUUGGAAUUAACUUUAUUAAUAAUGCAAUUUCAAAACNAAGUGUAUGAGAGGUCCAUUUUUGAUUCCUAAUAGUUGUGUUGAUAGAGUAGAGGAGUGUUAGAAUAUUACAAAUGAAUAUUAAUGCAAUGGUGGAAAAGAUAAAAAUAAUAAUAAAUGUAGAUGGUUGUUUUCAUAUUGCAUAAAAUGGGAUUAAAAUUUAAUUAAAAAAGUAGCUGGAACAUGUACAAAUCCAUUAAUACUCUUUGAUGAAAACUUUUGCAUUCUUAAUAAGACAUGUAGUGAUAUAGGUAUAUCAACAGUUGAGUAUACAGAUGAAAUAUGUGAAAAUUAUCUUAUGUCUUGCAAGAAGAACACAGCUAGCACUUGUGUAACUAAAACAGCACUUAUUACAGAUGGAUGUGUUUAUUAUGUUAGUAAAAUAAAUUGUGUUACAUAAAGUAAUUGUUAUUGGUCAAUUACUAAUACUUGUAAUUAAUUAAAAAAUGAAUGUAAUUAGUUGUUAGAUAAAGAUGAUUGUGAAGGUAAUAAGGAUUUAUCAGGAACAUUUUGUAAAUGGAAUACUGAUACUUCUGCUUGUUAAAAUAUUUGUUAAACUCUUGAUCCAGUUGGUUAAAAAUGUUCAACUUUGGAUUCAAAAUGUGUACUUAAUAAUACCAUAACUGAUAAGUGUAUAAAAAAGAGAUUAAAUUGUUCUGAUUAUGUUAAUUCAUAAUAAUGUGAAGAUGAUGAUAGAUGUAUAUAGAAUUCAGCUGAUUAAUGUGUAGAAAAAUAAUGUACUGAUUUGACAGAUAAUUUAACACAUUAAGAAUGUAAUUCUUAUAAAUCAGGAUGUACUGUAGCUUAUCCUGGAGGUUGUUCAACAUUAUUACCUAAUUGUUCAGAUUAUAAAAUUUAAGGAUAAUGUUAUCUGAAUGAUAAAUUUAAAAUAUGUUAUUGGUUUGAAUCUAAAGGAUGUUAUGAAAAAAAAUGUUCAGAAAUUACUUAUGAUCCAUUAAAACCAAAAACUUAAUGUUUAACAUUUUUUAGUGAUUUAAUUUGUAAUAUUAAUGAUUUAGGGGAUGCAUGUGAAGACUUAAGAGAUUCUUGUAAUAAAUAUAAAAAUGAAAACUAAUGUUAAAAAUAGUUGGAUGGUUAUGAGUGUAUGUGGUAAGAUGAUAAAUGUAUCUUAGCAGAUUGUUAAAAAAUAAUACUUAGUAAUUAUUCACAUACUGAUUGUUAUUCAUAAUAUAGUUAAUUAAAAUGUACAGUAAAUGGAACAAAUAAUGGAUGUAUUGAUUUAUCUACAAAUUGUAAAAAAUAUACUACUUAAGAUUAAUGUAAAAAAACAAUAUUUAAUGAAGAUUGUGUUUGGAAUUAACUUUAUUAAUAAUGCAAUUUCAAAACUUGUAAAGAUGAAAUACCUCAAAGUUAAAAAUGCUCUGAUUAUCUUUCUACUUGUAUUGAACCAUAAUAUAAAUGUAGAAAUUUUAUUUGUUAAGAUUAUCAUUUUGAUAAUGAUGAAGAAUGUAAGAUAUAGAAUCCUAAAUGUACAUCAAAUGGUAGAUUUUGUAUAUAAAGAGGAACAUGUGAUUAAAAUUAAUAUUAAUAAGCUUGCAAUAUUGAUAUUAAUAAUAGAUAUUGUGGUUGGAAUUCUGUUAAAAAAUAAUGCAGUUAUUUAUAAUGUUAAGAGGCACCAGUUGAAUUAAUUUAUAAUUAAGAUUGUGAAAGGUAUUUUCCAAAUUAGAAUUGUAUAACUAAAUUAGGUGGUGGAUGUCUCAUAGCACGUAGUUGUCUUGAUUACACAACUUAAAUUUAAUGUGAUGUAAGUAAACUUUUUGAUUGUAUUUGGGAAAAUGAAAUGUGUAGAUCUAAAGUAUGUAAAGAUUACAAAAGUGGAAAUCUAUUAAAUUGUUUAUCUAAAUAAUAAAAUUGUACUACUGAUGGUUAAACUUGUGUUGAUCUUAGGAAUUGUUCAAAAUUAUCAUAAUAGAAUUGCAAUAUAGGAAUAGAAGGAAAUUGUUUAUAUUUGAAUGGUCGUUGUUAACCUUAUAAAAAUUGUUAAUCAAUUAAUUUCACUACUCAUUAAGAAUGUUAUAAUACUUUAUAAAAUCAAUGUACAACAGAUGGAACAAAAUGUAUACCUAUUACUUCAUGUGAUGAAUACAGCAAUUAAAUAUCAUGUAUAAAGGGAAUAGAAGGGGAUUGUGCAUGGGAUAAAUCUAAAUGUUCAAAGUUUACAUCUUGUGAUAAUUAUUAUUAUAAAACUCAUUAGGAAUGUAAUUCAAUUAAUUAAAGUUGUACAACUGAUACAGUUAGUUAAUGUAUUAAAUUAUUGGAAUGUACAAAAUAUCCAUUUUAAGAGAAUUGUAAAUUAGAUGUGAAUGGAAUAAUUAAAUAAAAUAAUUUAAUAAUUUAAUCAAAUAAAUGUGUAUGGAAAGAUAAUUAAUGUAAUCAUAUUACAUGUGUAGAUUUAUAUGGAAUUGAUCAUUCAACAUGUUAUUAAUAAUUAUCAAGUUGUACUUCAGAUGGUGUCAAGUGUAUAGUUAUGGAAAAUACGUGUUCAUCUUAUUCAAAUAAUAUUUGUGAUACAGCAUUCAGUUAAGAAGGUAAAUGUAAAUUUGUGAAUUCAACAUGUUCUUUAUUUGAUUGUUCAACUAUAACAAUAGAGAAUUAAUGUAAAGCUCUAAGUCAUUGUUUAUUCAUUAAUAAACUUUGUCAAUUUUAUCUUAAAUGUCAAUAAUACACUACAGAAAAGGAUUGUACUAAAGGUAUUGAUGGAUAGUGUGUAUAUAAGAAUUCUAAAUGUCAAUUAAUGAGUAAUUGUAAUGAUACUAAUUAAUAACAAUUAUGUAAUUCUAAAAAUUGUUAUUGGAAUUCUACAUCUACUACUUGUCAAUCUCACACAUGUUAAACUUAUGGACUUUAGAAUCCUUGUGGUUAUUUUUAUAAUUACUAAAUGACUUAGAUUACAUUUUGUGCUUUCAAUAAUUAAGAUAAUUUAUGCAAAGAAAUUAGUCCAAACACUUUUAAUAGUUCUGAUUGUUACACAAAAUCUCUUGGUUAUUUCUCUAAUAGAAAUGAUACUUGUUAAUCUUGUGUUUAUAAACCUUAACCUAAUAUUACGACACCAAUUAAUAAUAGCACAGAUAAUGAUAUCGAUAAAGAUGUAAGUGGAUCUAUAGUUUAUGUCAUAUUAAUCGGAUUAUUAAUUAUUAUUUGA